CGGAACAAUGGCGGACGAGAGAGACGACACAACUGUAAGUUGACAUUUUCGAAAUUGUCCAGAUUCAGCCUACUUAAAAAUAUGUUCGGAGAUGUGGGGACCUGAUAGCGGGACCGGGAAGUCUCGCCAGCACCGGGCGGUCAGCGCGUCCUCAGAUAUAGACGAGUGUGCUGUUAACCAGGGGCUCGGUGCGUGUGCGGAGCAGUGCCAUAACGCACCAGGAUCCUACCGGUGCUCCUGCUCGUAUGGUUACACCUUAGCCGGAAACGACCACAGCUGCAUCGCAGAGUGUCCACCUGGCUACAGGAAGCAACCCACGGCAACAGCACCGGAGAAUUCAACUGCACAAGCUCUCAGGGAGGAUUGUGUCGGUAGGACAUAACGACAUGAAUGCUGAGUAUGUCCACCAUGUUUCUCCAAAGGAAUCCUCAAUAUAUUUCUGCGUGUCCACACAGAUAUAAAUGAAGUGCCAUGAGGAAGCGUGCGAGUGGCAGUGUGUCAACCUGCCAUUUCUUUCUUAAAACUUUAUUUUCCCCAAUUGAUUAAAAAAUGGAUUAGUUAAUAAUUGACCCAUUUGAAUUUCAGAUUCUUGUGUUUGUGUGUGUGUGUGUGUACAUAUAUUGUAAAUAAAUAAACAAAUCUGUGUGUUAA